AUGUGGGGACCCGUAAUAUGGAGCUGCGGAACAUGGGACUCUCCCGAAGGAGCCUGGGAUUGCGAAGAUGAGCCAGGAGCAGGUCGGUUUCCUUUGUUGCGUCCAGAGCACAUGUAUAAUAACGGGAGAAGCGUGGAAGGACGAAUAGGAGAUAGGGCGCAAUCACCGCCUGCACAUGAUGCACAUGAAAAUGCCUUCAUAAGAGGAAACUGGAUGCCGAGGCGACGCCCCAAAGGUCGCUCGGCCUCCAUUCCGGAGACGCGCGUGACGUGCAGGGAAUAUCUAGGGUCAGGUGGGAGACUACAUGGAUCCGCUCCCGUCGCCCCAUUCAUCCAUGGCCGAGCUGCUGAGGUGAACUUGAAGGUAUUCCCGAUCCAAAACAUCCUCGUCCUUACAUGUCAAAUCGAGUUAUCGGUAAUCGAAGGCGCCGGGACCUAUGAAUCGCAGCAAUAUACCAAAUAUCAGACAUCGUUAGCUGUCGCGGCAGUGCUUGUAAUUAUUGAAACAUCUCCAGCGGUAAGAUGUAGGUUGACGUCAUCCAACAGAGUCGAGGCUCUCGGUGAGAAGCAAAAAGUAUCCAGACCCGGGCCGAACGAUGCAACUGCAAAAGCGACGAUUGCAAGACAUCAGGAAUGUAUGGUUGCCGAGCGAAGUGUGCGAAGAUUUGCAUAA